CGAUACUGCAGCGUCGUUGCCAUGACAGCUCGUGUAUCCGAAACAAGGCUGUACAUACAAGUACAGUAAAAGGCUGCUUGGCACAAAAAUGACAAAAACAACCUAUCUGUCGCCACAAAGGUCUGCCUUUUAAAGCUAGUUUACCUACACACGGACUUAUUUUGCUACAGGGAGCAUCUGCCUUAAAUAAAGGCAGCGUUGAGGAUGGAAGCCCCGCUGGAAGACGACACUCCUGCCGGUGCCUUAGCGGGGACUAAAGGACCCGACUACGGAGAGGAGUUGAAAGCCUCUGACGAAGCUAUCACAUUCAUGUCCAGCAUUGAGCCUGCAGAACUGCAGAAGUGUGUGUUUCCAGACUCCCUGGUGACUGUGUCGGAGGGCGGCAGAGACCUGGGGAAGUUCAGUGUGACAGUGGAGUUUGCUCUGAGAGUCCAGCAGCCCUGUAUGCUGCUACACGCUCAAAGCCAAGGAGCCAUCGACGACUCCCCCUGUGGAACAACAGUGACAGCCUACCUAACCACAGACCUGGAGGUGCUGGAGGAAGAUUACCACGAGUAUGUGAAGCUUGAGGGACACAGUUUGGACAAGAGGUGUCGCAUGGUGCAACAUGACGGGCAGAUGAUGAUCGAUAAAGUUACCACCGUAGGAGAGGAGGUGACGAAGGAGAGUGUUUCUUAUCCCAUGUCUGCAGUAAGAGGGCUGGUAACCGAAGGUUCCAAUUUACUGCUGAUGCGUCUGAUUGCUUUGAGGAAGAAGGUGCCAGAACACAUGACCUUCAUCUCCUUCGACCAGGGAUUACGCAUCAUCCACACCACCUUUAGUGAGCUGGGUCUGAAGCACAUGGAGGUUGAGGGUGAAACUGUGGAGGUCUUCGGGAUAGAGAGGAUUGUUCAUUCUGUGGAGGACAGCCCCACCACCUGGCAGUGCUACUUCCUGCCUGAUGGGCAUUUGGCCAGCAGAGUGCAGGUGGGAUCACCGGUCACAAUGAGGAUUCUGCGGCUGCCUACACAGCUAGAAGAAGGUUUUGAGAACAUCCCCCUGGUUUGGGAAGAAGACAUGCAGAUGCGUUCCAAGUUCCUGGACAGAAAGGAGGAGCUGAAGGCGGACCAUGCUUCAUACCUGAGACAGCAUCCAGAGAUCCGUGCCCUCAUAUCUGACUUCUUGCAGUUCUUGCUGCUGAGGAAACCAGAUUAUGUCUUCCAAUUUGCCAGAGAGUACUUCCUCCCAUUUGCUUCCCACCGUCCUCAGGAACCAAGUGUGAAAGCCCCGUCACUGUGAGAGCACAACCAAGGGCACCUCCACAUUCUCAGAAUCAGUCUUAUAUAAAUGUCUUUUCUUCUGAGUGAUAGAUGGCUAGUGGUAUAACAGGAAACAUGGUGGAGAUGAACAGUAACUUUCAAACCUGAGCUGUGUGAUCUUGCCAAAAAACUGUAGUGAUCAGAAUAAAGUGGUUUGUUUCAAACA